AUGAAUUCCUUUCGCGGAUCCCAACAUCGCACCAAACCUGCUCCAAUUCCCCGCCAACAUGCAUCCUCCGACGACCAACAAAUGCCUCCGCCCUCCACCCCACCAGCCUUCCGCUUCCGCUCCCUAUCCACCUGCAGCUACAACCGUCCCUCCGCCUCCCGCGCCGUACAGCGAUGCGCCUCAGCCCGCUUCACUCGCCAGCACACCACCUCACGCGGCGAGGUCAUGCUCAAUGACGUCGUCGGGAAUGGCAUCUCUGGCAUCCUCCACAAGUGGGUGAACUACGGCCGUGGGUGGCGCCCCCGCUGGUUCGUCCUCCAUGACGGCGUGCUCUCCUACUACAAGAUCCAUGGCGCCGACAAGCUCAUCCUCAACCGUGACGUCGAGAAUGGCUCCAUGGUCAUCGGCGAGGAGUCCCUCCGCCGCAUCAACAGCCACCGCCACUGCCCCUCCCGCAAUCGCAAACCCGUCAGCGAGAUCCAUAUUAUGGUGUGUUCGGUGCGAGAGAACACGACAGAUAACAGGAGGUUUUCUGUGUGUACGGGGACGAAGAAGAGGCUGCACUUGAGGGCGGAGAGUAAGGAAGAUAGAGCGACGUGGGUGGAGGCAAUAAUGGCAGUGAAGGACAUGUAUCCUCGCUUGCCCAAUGCAGAAGUUAUGUCACCCGUGGCAUCAGUGGCUAUUUCCACAAACAAGUUGAGAGAGAGGCUUGCAGAAGAGGGUGUGAGUGAAGCUACUAUAAGGGAAUGUGAGGAAAUCAUGAGAUUCGAGUUCUCACAGUUGCAGAAGCAAAUUGUUGUUCUCAAGCAGAAACAUUUGCUACUAAUGGAAACAUCACGCCAGUUAGAGGCAGAGAAAGUUGAUUUGGAGAACACACUUAUCGAAGACCAAAGGCAAUCAAAGCAUGAAGCAGAUUCCCAUCCAUCAAUGCAUGAAAAAUAUAGUGAGGGAAGUGGGGUUGAUUCUUCUGAUGAGCACGAUGGGCUGGAUCCCUCAGACGAUGACGACGAUGCAUUCUUUGAUACAUGUGAAAUUCUAUCAACAUGCCAUGAUUUUGAGCAUGAGGAGACUAAUCCAAAUGGGAAAUGUGAUGAAAAGUCACCUAUUGGAUCUGUUGGAUUUAACUAUCCUCAUAUCAAGCGACGGAAGAAGUUGCCUGAUCCUGUUGAAAAAGAGAGCAGCGUCAGUCUAUGGUCAAUCAUAAAAGAUAAUAUCGGGAAGGAUCUUACAAAAGUUUGUCUUCCAGUUUACUUUAACGAGCCACUCUCCUCACUGCAGAAAUGUUUUGAAGAUGUUGAGUACUCUUACCUACUAGACCAAGCAUACGAGUGGGGUAAAAUGGGUAAUGGUCUAAUGAGGAUGAUACAUGUAGCUGCAUUUGCAGCUUCAGGGUAUGCAAGCACCGAGGGUAGAGGUUGCAAACCAUUUAAUCCAAUGUUGGGAGAGACAUAUGAAGCAGAUUAUCCAGACAAAGGCAUUCGCUUUAUCUCUGAGAAGAUUGAUCCUGUUGGUAUAUUGACCGUGGAAUUUGAUGACGGAGAAGUCGUUCGUUGGAGCAAGGUAACAACAUCCAUUUACAACCUCAUUUUAGGAAAACUCUACUGCGACCAUUAUGGUACAAUGCGCCUGGAGGGGAACAGGGACUAUUUAUGUGAUGUAUUGGUCAAAAUGUGUCAUAUUUUCUCGUACUGUGAGGCGUGCCACUUGUGGCUUUUGGACAAAAAGGCUUUUCAAAUUCACGGCAUAGUGGAAGAUAAGAAAGGUAAAACAGUGGCAAACAUAUUUGGGAAGUGGGAUGAGAGUUUGCACUACGUAAUUGGAGGGAGUUCUGGGAAAGGAAAAGGGUCCAAUGAGUCAUCAAAACCACAUCUUUUGUGGAAGAGGAGUCCGGCACCAGAGCACCAGACAAGAUAUAACUUCACACAAUUUGCUAUUACACUGAAUGAAAUCACACCUGGACUAAAGGAGAAGCUGCCACCGACAGAUUCAAGGCUAAGACCUGAUCAAAGGUGUUUGGAGAAUGGACAGCAUGAAAUGGCCAAUGCUGAAAAGUUGAGGCUGGAACAAAGACAGCGGCAGGCACGAAAGAUGCAAGAAAAGGGUUGGAAACCAAGGUGGUUUGCUAAGGAAAAAGGCAGCAACUCCUACCGUUAUGUUGGAGGGUACUGGGAGACCAGGGAAAAGGGGAACUGGGAAUCUUGUCCUGACAUAUUUGGCCAAGUCCCAACCGAUGAUUUUGAUACCAUAAUUCAGUUUCUUGAGUUUGAGGCCACCUUGUGUCUUGGCCCAGAAAUCAUUGCAACAAAAAUGGAAGAUGAUAGGUGA